GAGAUCAUCGGGCAGUAUAACAAGCUACUAGAGAAGUCAGACCUUCAUGCAGUGCUGGCUGAUAAGCUUCAAGCAGAAAAAUAUGACAUGCAAAGCAGACAUGAGAUCAGUCCAGGGCAUGAUGGCACAUGGAAUGAUGCGCAGUUGCAGGAACUGGCGCAGCUGAAGAUAAAGCAUCAAGAGGAGCUGACAGAGCUGCAUAAGAAACGUGGCGAGUUGGCCCAGUCUGUAAUUGAUCUGAAUAACCAAAUGCAGCAGAAGGACAAAGAGAUGCAGAUGAAUGAAGCAAAGAUUGCAGAGUAUUUGCAAAAGAUCUCUGAACUGGAAACAGAGUGUCAGGAAUUGCGUAGCAAACUGCAAGAUCUUGAGCGAGCUAAUCAGACACUGAAAGAUGAAUAUGAUGCUCUCCAGAUCACCUUCAAUGCCUUGGAGGAAAAACUGAGGAAAACUACUGAAGACAACCAGGAGCUGGUCUCACGUUGGAUGGCAGAGAAAGCACAAGAAGCCAAUCGUUUGAAUGCAGAAAAUGAAAAGGAUUCAAGGAGACGACAAGCCAGGCUGCAAAAGGAGCUAGCAGAAGCUGCCAAAGAACCUCUGCCUGUUGAACCGGAUGAUGAUAUUGAAGUGCUUGCAGAUGAAACCUCUGACACAGCUGAGGAGACAUCUCCAGUGCGAGCUGUCAGCCGAACUUCCAGUAAGCGACUCUCCCAGCCAGCUGGAGGCCUUCUGGACUCUAUCACUAAUAUCUUUGGGAGGCGUUCUUUGUCCUCGUUCCCUGCUCCCCAGGAUAAUGUAGAGCCACAUCCAGGUGCCAGUAAAGAAGUGAGAGUGCCCACUACUGCCAUAUGUGUCUUCGAUGCACAUGAUGGGGAGGUGAAUGCAGUGCAGUUCAGCCCUGGCUCCCGGUUACUAGCAACAGGAGGCAUGGACCGGAGGGUUAAACUUUGGGAAGUCUUGGGAGAUAGGUGUGAGCCUAAAGGUUCCCUCUCUGGUAGUAAUGCUGGGAUUACAAGCAUAGAAUUUGAUAGUGCUGGUUCUUACCUCUUGGCAGCUUCAAAUGACUUUGCCAGCAGAAUCUGGACGGUUGAUGACAAUCGAUUACGGCACACCCUGACAGGUCACAGUGGUAAAGUUCUGUCGGCCAAGUUCUUGCUGGACAAUGCACGCAUUGUUUCGGGAAGUCAUGACCGGACCCUCAAGCUCUGGGACCUCCGCAGCAAAGUUUGUAUAAAAACAGUGUUUGCAGGAUCUAGCUGCAAUGACAUCGUAUGUACUGAGCAAUGUGUAAUGAGUGGACACUUUGAUAAGAAAAUUCGUUUCUGGGACAUCAGAACUGAAAGCAUAGUAAAAGAGCUGGAGCUGCUUGGAAGAAUCACAGCUCUGGACCUGAACUCAGAGCGAACAGAGCUUUUGACCUGUUCCCGUGAUGAUCUACUAAAGAUCAUCGAUCUGCGGGUUAGUGCUGUCAAGCAGACAUUCAGUGCCCAGGGAUUCAAAUGUGGCUCUGACUGGACGAGAGUUGUGUUCAGCCCUGAUGGUAACUAUGUGGCUGCUGGUUCAGCUGAUGGGGCCCUCUACAUUUGGAAUGUGCUCACUGGGAAAUUGGAGAGGACGCUUGCAAAGCAUCACAGUUCUUCUAUCAAUGCAGUCGCAUGGUCACCAGCGGGUGCCCAUGUGGUCAGUGUGGACAAAGGAAACAAGGCUGUCCUGUGGUCUGAAUUUUGACUGGACGGAGGGUGAAAGGCAGAGCGUCCACUGCCUCUGUGUGUGGUGGUGCUGGUCCGUGGCUGAACAGAAUGGAGACCCGAGCCCAGAUCCAUCCUGAGUUGGGAUAUUAACAAGCGCAUGGGCUUCACUUUCCAGAGGAAAGUUCUAAAGCAAUGGAGAAGGAGCCUGAGUCAGAGACUUCUUAUGGCCGUAACUGCACUGUGGCACUCGGACUCAGCAAGGGAUUAGCUGUUCUGGAUGGAGAAUGCUACUUAGUCAUGCCUUUACAUGCAGUAUCUAUGCACCAAGUGGAGCUGAAGAUACUAGCGGGAUUCCUCACCAGACAGCUGUGCCAAAUACUCUGUCACACAAAUGUAUCUACAGCACUUCUGAGUUGGAAAUGUUGGAAAGAAGUUACUGUGUAUGCUGACUUAUUACAUGUCCCGUCUCCUGUGUUCUGUUCUUGUGGCCUAGUUCAGGCAUGGGGUGAGAAGAUCCUGAAACGUGGACAGGUCCUAGGUAGUCUGAAGUGUUGGAACAGCUUUUAAAGCGAGUCUCCUGUGGCUCUGGCAGCUCUGCCUUUGAGUUAUCAGCUCAAUUCAGAUCUGCUCUGAUCCUGACGCAGGUUUUCCAGCACUGUCACGUGAACUCUUUGUAUCAGUUUCACUGGUUCUUAAGGCAAUGGUCCGUUCUUCAGGACUUCUGCACCCUUUUGUUAAGACGCCCUUCAACAGCUUGGGUAUCACAAAAUAGGAGAUUUUUAAUCUUUUUUUAUUCCACAGGCAGUUUGGUUACUGGGCGUGAGGAGGCAGAAGUUCAACUUCUGUUGUGCUGCUGUGAUAAGGAAUGUAGUCGUACUGUGACUUCAGCACCAGAAUCUAGAUGGUUGGUCCCUUUUUCUGUUCAUCCGUCCCAUCCUGGCGGCUGUCAGUAGAACAGGGGAGCAGUGGGGUUAAAUCCCAAAUCCAAUGUUUUGGUGCUGGCAAUUCCAGGCCAUUUGCCCCCUUCUUGAGCACACGUGCAAUAUUCCUGUUUGCGCUGGAGCCCUCUGUGCUACGGAGCAGUGUCUUGGCUCUGUCCCUGUUUAAGCAUCCAAAACCAUGAUGUGUCUGGGUGAGCUACCUGGCAUAACUUUAUCCAGCCAAACCUUUCCACAUCGUCUGGGCCUCAAGACAAGCCACCAGCGUUUUAUUGCCUUUUCAUUUGCACUUUAUUUUCUUCUUUCCUGAUAGUGUUUUACUAAGGAAGUGUGUUCUUUGGAGGGGCUGGGUUAGGGGGCAGCUGCUCUAACAGGCAUCUCUCUAACCUAGCCUUUUGUUCAGACACUUUCUGCAGUGGGGAAUUAGAGUAUAUGGGGCAAAGUUUUUAUUUAUUCAGCUGCCCGUAAGAACUUGAUUGUAAAUAAACCUGUGUUCUGCUUUUAAAACCCCA